ACGUAAACGUACUAUAUAAUGAGUGCCCAAGAAGAAAGUGGGACUUGCUACGCCAACAAACACAAUGCCAAUGCUCUGGCUGACUUUCACCUGGCCGGUCAUAAAACAUACAUAUUUCUUCUUGACUGCUGCAAAUUUCCAUCUAAUUCUUACCGGCACAAAUUUACAAAACAGUAUUACGCUAUUUUCCCAGGGAGACAGCAAUGUCAGUAAAGAGCAGCCUACUGGGGGUCAAUUUUGACCAGAACGUGCUAAUUUACAAAGCAGGAGAGAACAUUACUGGGAAUCUGAUGUUCAACGGGGAGUCAAAAGGGAACAAGUUGUAUGACGUUAAACUGACACUGAUUCGAACAACGGACUACGUCUUUGUCCCAGAACAAGUGGGGAAAGGAAAAGCGACAAGUUUAAACCAUUUUUUAGAUACAAUUCAUUCCACUCCAUGUGGAUCUUGGAGCCUCCAAAAAAGUCCAGCCGACGGAACUUUCCUCCCUGCCGACACCCCCACCAAAAUUUCCUUCUCACUCCCCCUCUCUCUCGACUUGUGGUCAUCUUUCGUCGUGCACAACGCCUACUCCUGGUACGGCCUCAUGCUAACUGCACGCUCCCAGUCGCAGUACGGGCGCAAGGAGACCUUCAUCCUAAAACGGGACAUUGUCAUUAUUGGCAACGUGGAAAAAGAAAAGGCCGAAUUUUCCGAACCCAUUAAGAAAAUCAGCAACUCUGUCACCCCGUCGAACGAGGUGGUCAAAAUGCGGGUUUGUCUCAAAACGGGGUGUGCCGUCCCGGGUGACAGGGUCCCAUUUCGGGUCGAAGUGUGGAACGGGGGGACACUCCCGCUGACUGUGAAGGGGGCCUUGCAGCAGAAUAUCGGCUACAAAUUUACGUCUCGGAUGAGAGGACGGCACAUGCGGACGAGUGAGGCGCAUGUCGUGUGGCAAGGAGAAAGUGAAUCAUUUCCAGAGGGGAAGUCGGAAUGGAGGGGGGUGAUGGAGAUACCUUUACCAUCUCAAAGUUGGCCAGUUCAAAGAUCGAGACGGAAAUUCACAUCGGCACAGCAGCCGCAGAUGAAGGAGCAUCUGCAGAAUUGCAAUCUGGUGGUGACGACAUUUCCUUGGCGUACGGUUUGGAGGUGACGAGAUCGAUCAGCUCGUCACAAUACUCGUUGGAUUGGGAUGCACAAUCUUUGUCCAGUGAGGACAGUGGCUGCUGGACAAUGCUGGAAGAUGGAGACGGAAAAUAAUUCUAGUAUUUACAAUCUAGCACAGCAAUCCGACCUCAAUGUGAGCUUUAAGUUGCAUAACCACAGAAAUAAAUAACUAACGAAUUGAUUAAUAUGUA